AGAACACAGCCUAGAACACAGUAUAACGUUUUACAUAUUGUACAUCAAGACACAGAGGUUUAUGACAAAUCCCAAAGCACAGCUAAUGGAAAUGAUUAAUAACAACAAAUGCUGUCUUCACAUCAGCUCUCAAUAUAGAUCUGUCUGUGAUCAUUUAUGUCCAGACGUCAAGUCUAAAGGUCAAGCGUCUUGAGUAUGAAAAGCUACAUAUGGAGUGGAGAUAUAUUUAUCUAGAACACUUAGAACUGAAGAUGAAAUAUAUUUAUUCAGCUUAUCUCAACAGAGAAAAUGGAGGGCGAUUUGCAGCUCUUAGAGGAAGACCCUUCUUGUUCGGUGUGUGGGGAAGUGUUCAGUGCUCCAGUGGUCCUCUGUUGUGUUUCAUGUGGAUGCAGCUUCUGUGAAAUUUGCUGUCAGCUGUUUUGGGAGAUGCAAUGUCCCUUCUGUAGAAAAGAGGCCUCCGGAUCCCAUCUCAGAGAGUGCAGGGAGCAAAGAAUGAAGGUAUUAAACACAGCACAGCUCAAUGAUAACAAUGUAAGACAGUAUCAGAUUGCUCAAGCUCAUCCUGCUGAACAAAGCAAAAAAAUAAGUAAAUGUUAUCUUAUAAGUAUAUCUUUUCUUUUAUAAGUAUAAUCUAACUUAUCCUAAAGCAGUGCUUCUCAACUGAUUUGGCCAAGGGACCAUUGUUGUUACUUGACUUUUAGGCCUAUUCCACAUGUUGCAUACAUGUGCCGCUGCAUUUGUGCGUGCAUUUGAUCUACAAGCUAAAUAUAACAUCUGACAGGACAGGAUAGUUACUUUUUCUGAGGUGAGAGACUUUUUUAUUUAAAAAAAAGUUACAAAAAUAAUGACAGAAUAAUGACACUGGGAUUAAGCCCGACAACUUCUCAUCUGACCACAGAUACUGAAUCGGGACGGAACGUUUUUCUCAGGCAGUAUUUAUUUAAACUGAAAAAAAUAAAAAGCGUCAACAGCGUUCACGCACACCUUUCAAAACAAAAGUCUUUCAUCAGAAGAACAUUUAAAAUUACCUUUUUUUUAUGUUUCUUUGAAUGUACACUCGGCGACCCAUCAGUUGAGAAACACUGUAAGUCUUAUUAAAGGACUUUCUUUAUAUGUAUAUGCUAUUGGUAAAUACUUAGUUUCACAGUUCUGUGAAAACGUCUUUGUCCCUUGUCUGAAUUUCUGAGUUUGGACAAAUUAACAUUGUAAAUGGUCAGAUUUCAUAAUGGAUUGUUACAACAUAUUCACCUUAUUUUUAAUGUAAGAACAGGCACGGCCAUUUAUAACUUGACCUUGUGAGGCUUCACGUGUCAUUUGCUUCUUAUUAUUUUAGCUGUUCAAAACAGUCCAUUAUGCUGCUUAACAUUAUGAGCUGGUAUUACUGAUCACAUUAUUUGAAUGUAUUCUUGUAUAUUAUAAACAUGCUGGCUUGUAGCCUAAAUAAAUUUACAAUUUACUACACUUUGGCAUUGUUUGUUCUAAAAUAGAUAGGUAUAUUAUAUACAUAUAUUCCUCCAUUUAUGUAUAGGGCAUAUUUUAAUUUAAUUUCUCAUACAUUCACAGAAAAAUAGCCUGCUUCCAUGUUGCAAAAUUGCUAUUUCUAAGGCUCUAAGCCUCCACUGAACAACAGUUAGAGUCAUAAUAUUCAAAUGUUUACUGUUUGGAAUAGUUCAUCUUUUAUAAAUACUUUAAUAGUUAAGCUGAUGGUUAAUAGCUUAUCUUCCGAGGAGUGGUUGUCUUGCCACAAUUUUUCAAGAGCAAGGCGCACAAAUUAUUCUGGGGUCACCAAUAACUCUAGAGCAGCUUCUAAAGAUCUUCAAGGCUCUCUUGUCUGCAUUUCAUAGAAAUAACCGGUCAAAAACAGUUGUGCUAGCUCGAUGGUUUGGGAAUGUUUCGCUGUUUCAGUACCUGGACAUCUUGGCGUCAUUGAAAGAACUAUUAAAUCACAUCUGUACCAUAAAAUUAAUCAGGAGAAAGUAAAGCCUUCUGUUUUUAAAUUGAAGCUGAAGCCCAGCGGGGUUGUGUAUCAAAACAAUGAUCCCUAAAGAAAGCUGAACUUUUGAAAUGGUCUCGUCACAUUCCAGAAUUAAACUCCAGUGAAGUGUGGCUAAAGUGGCAGGAUCUAAAACGCACAGUUCACACUUCAACGCCUAAUGUCACUGAGCUGAAGCAGUUCUGCAAGCAGGAGUGGGCCAAAAUUCCUCCAUAUAAAUAACUACAGGAAUCAUUUGGUUGCAGUCAUUGCUGCUAAUGCAGGUGCAACCAGAUAUUAGUUACACCUCCAUUUGUGGCAUUAACUGCAAAUAGCUCGGAAUGUUUUAUAAUCUUGUGCAUUUUGAUCUUGUUGUGUUGUCGUUCAUGAAGGGUUUCGGUUAAAGAUCUGAUAACAUUCAUUUUAAAACACCGAAAAUCAGAUGGGGGUAAAAACUUUUUCACAGCACUGUUCUUGCAAGUUUUGUUUAUUUCUCCUGCACUUUAAAAUUUUCUUAUGAGGUGGCACAUGCUAUCUUCUCCAAUGCAAUAGAAGGAUCUUGAGAUAUUCCCUCUUACGUCAAUACCGGGGUCAAAUGGCUCUCCAGGAGCUUGAUGUUACAUAAUUUGAUGUUUAGGAAUUCAUCAGAAGAUAUCAUGUGUUGGCCUAGACCUUGCUCAGUGAUGUAUAGUCUGAGUAGAUACUUCAGCCAAUCAGAAGACAGAUCUCCCAAGGGUAAUAUUAAGUGGGAGGGAGGGCAUAGUACCCCCUUGGGACCUGACUGGGCAAUGAAGGGCUCAAAGGAACAAUGGCCACCAAGCAGUCACAUCUCGCAGAAGACCUGUCCUGCCCCAUCUGUGGAAGUAUCCUGCAAAAGCCCGUAGUGCUCUUUUGCAGACAUCGAUUCUGUAAAGUUUGUCUGGAGAGCCUGUGGAACGGUGGAGGAUCUUGCGAAUGCCCCCUUUGCUGUCAGCCAUCAUCUAUGGGGGAGCUCAUAGUCAAUACCAUGCUUGAGAAGACCUGCGAGGGCUUUCUGGAGCGCUGCAAGAAUGAUCCUCUUGCGUGCAAGGAGCACGGUGAGGCCUUGACACUCUUUUGUUUGGAGGACCUGGAACCCACUUGCAGCAAAUGCAAGUCAUCUGCCAAUCACCAGGGCCACAGGUUAUAUCCAUUAAAUGAAGCUUCACAUGACUGUAAGGAGGAACUGAAAAAUGCUUUGAAACCACUUCAGGAAAAACUGAAUCUCUUCCGGAAAGUGAAACUCACUUGUGAGCAAACAAUACAUCAUAUUAAGAGGCAGGCAGAGAACACGGAGAGGCACAUACGAGAGGAGUUUGAGGAGCUGCACCAGUUCCUGCGAGACGAGGAAGCAUCCAGACUUUCCAUGCUAAAGCAAGAGAAGGAUCAGAAAAGGCAGAUGAUGAGCGAUAAGAUUGAAGAUUUGGAGAAUGACAUCACUUCACUCAGCAACACCAUCAGAACUGUCGAACAGCAGAUGAGAUCUCAGGACAUCCCAUUCCUCAAGAAUUAUAAAGACACCGUAAAGAGAACCUGGCGUGUUCCCCAGGAUCCAGAGAUGAUAACUGGUUCACUGCUUGAUGUAGCCAAACAUCUAGGCUCAUUAAAGUUUAAAGUCUGGGAAAGAAUGAUGGAAAUCAUUCAAUACACUCCAGUGACUCUUGAUCCAAACACCGCGGCCAGCUGCUUUCUCCUGUCAGAGGACCUGACUACAAUACAGUGCUGCUCUCAGACCUUUAAACUCCCAGAAAACCCUGAGCGCUUCGAUAUAGGUGCAGAGGUGUUGGGCUACGAGAGCUUCAGCUCUGGGCGACACAGCUGGGACGUGGAGGUCAAAAACAACACCUACUGGGUCAUUGGAGUUGCGAGCGCAUCUGUCAGCCGGAAGGGAAAGCACGUGUUGACCCCUGCAGAGGGAUUCUGGACCAUUAGGCUACGAAACGGAGAGUAUAAAGCCUGUACUGCCCCAUGGUCCCCGCUCACUAUGACUAAGGAGCCACAGGUGGUGAGAGUCGUAUUGGACAUGAACAGGUCCAGGGUGACUUUCUACGACCCACGAGAGAGAACGCCUCUGUUCACCUACACGGACAUCAUCACUCCGAGAGCGUUCCCGUACUUCUGCAGCGCCUGUAAGGAACACCCAUUGAAAGUGUUGCCAGCUUGGAUCUCUAUCAAGACAGACUGA